GCCGUGUCCUCGUCUCACUUCCGGGGCAAGAUGGCGGCGCGUGUGGCAAGCAGAGCUGUGUGCGGAGCGGCGUCGAGAUUCGCACUUUUUCACUUUAACAAGUCAUCUCAAAUUUCUUCCCGAAGAUGGCUGAACCUCCAGGAAUACCAGAGCAAGCAAUUAAUGCAAGACUGUGGUGUCACCGUUCAACGAUUUUUUGUGGCUGAUACUGCAAACAGUGCCUUGGAAGUAGCUAAAAAACUGAAGGCAAAGGAAAUAGUUUUAAAGGCUCAGAUCCUUGCUGGCGGAAGAGGCAAAGGGGUUUUUGACAGUGGCCUCAAAGGAGGUGUUCAUUUAACAAAAGACCCUGUGGUUGUUGGUGAACUCGCAAAUAAGAUGUUGGGGUUUAGUCUUACGACAAAGCAGACCCCAAAAGAAGGGGUUAAAGUAAAAAAGGUGAUGGUUGCAGAAGCUUUGGACAUUUCCAGAGAGACCUAUUUUGCCAUCCUAAUGGACAGAGCUUGCAAUGGUCCAGUAAUGGUUGGAAGUCCCCAAGGUGGAGUGGAUAUUGAAGAGGUGGCAGCCAGUACACCAGAGCUCAUUUUUAAGGAAGUAAUAGAUAUCUUUGAGGGGGUAACAGAUGUUCAGGCGGUUCGAAUGGCUGCUAAUCUUGGAUUUAAAGGCCAUUUACAGAAACAGGCAGCAGAUCAGAUUAAAAAGCUUUAUGAUUUGUUUUUGAAAGUCGAUGCUACACAAGUUGAAGUAAACCCUUUUGGAGAAACACCAGAAGGACAAGUUGUAUGCUUUGAUGCGAAAAUCAACUUUGAUGAUAAUGCAGAGUUCAGACAAAAAGAAAUCUUUGCAAUGGAUGAUACAUCUGAAGGUGAUCCUCUAGAAACGGAAGCAGCAAAAUAUGACCUGAAGUACAUUGGAAUGGAUGGAAAUAUUGCUUGCUUUGUGAAUGGAGCUGGCCUUGCUAUGGCAACAUGUGAUAUCAUUGAUUUACAUGGAGGUAAACCAGCAAACUUCCUUGAUCUGGGUGGAGGAGUGAAGGAAAGCCAAGUCUACCAGGCCUUCAAGUUGCUUACUGCUGAUCCCAAGGUUGAAGCCAUCCUCAUUAACAUUUUUGGUGGAAUAGUGAACUGUGCCAUCAUUGCCAAUGGUAUUACUAAGGCCUGCAGAGAACUUGGAAUGACUGUACCAUUAGUGGUGCGACUCGAAGGAACCAAUGUGCAAGAAGCAAAACGCAUUCUACAUGAGAGUGGCCUACCCAUCAUGUCUGCAAGCAACCUUGAUGAUGCUGCUAAGAAGGCUGUGGCCUGUGUUGCUAAAAAGUAGUGGCCACCUAGGAGAGAAAUUCUAAACUGUAAUACCCGUGUGCCUCAGACUGAAAUUCUGUAUAAGCAUCAUUGUUUUUAAUGGAUAUAUUAAUAUCCCUUAGUCCACUUUAUAAGAUGUUUUUAUGCAAUUUUGAGGCCUUGAAUUGUGAAAACGGUACGUCUUCACAUUCCGUGAUCCCAAAUGGUUUUGAUAAUGCAGAGUGUGAGUGUGUUGGGUUUGGUACAGUACAGUAUGUAAGUGGGCAGGGCCUGGCCUUUUACUACAAGAUUUUAAUCUUUGUUUUACAAUUUUUCUAAUGAAUAAUACACUUUUAGAUAUUCUAAAGAAUUAAUGAUGUUCGGUGAAAGGUGAUCAUAUUUUUGUAUUUUCUAUGCUAAAAUUCAACACAAAUUAGGAAGUUAUAAAAUGAAGCAAUUCACUUUUACUUUACACAAUGGACUGGCAACCCAUCACAUGACAGACCUUGCCUUGCUCUUAAUGCUGCUGGUGUGGCUUUUUGGCUCCCCACAACACUAUAAAUGGAUAAGGCCAGUUUAGGUAGAUGAAUAUUUUAUCACUGUGGUUAAGACCGAUAUUUUGCAGGUUCAUUUUCCUGAACAGAAGGUUGGUCUAGUUCAUUACAUUCUUCAGGCAAGUUUAGGUUAAACUGUUCAGAUUUUUUCUAACCUGCAAUGUGAAUUUCAUUUUAAUUUACAUUAUAAAAGCCUUAAUUUGAGGAAGAAAAACAGUUGUAUUCUGCCGUGAAAACAAAUUAUGAUUUUUACUUUUUUUCUGUUAUUUAAGGUCAAGCAUUCAGAAUGUUAAUCGAGAUUGGAAUUAUGAUGUGCCAAGUAGAACUGAAAAUUAUCAUGAAGACAUUGUUUUGUUUUAUACCCUAUAACGGUUAAUGUGGACUCUUUUAUUAAUAAUUUUUGAUAGGUUAUAGAGGGAGCAAUAUGUUUUUGGAUUAAUCGAAAGCUCAAAUAAAGAGAUAAAUACUUGA